AUAUGCUCAGGUUGAGCUGUACACGUUGUACACGUCCGAGAGACAACACGUACGAUACGAUACGAUACGAUACGUACAGCCUAGCUAUUCUUCGCUCUUUUUUGAGAGCUCUUAUGUUACGGUUACGCUACUCGAGAUACAUUACGCUAUUGAGCAGAGACCCUUCAGACAGGAUCAAACAAAAGACAUGCAAACACAAACACAAACACAAACACGCACAAACCUACCACAAGUAUGCUUUUCGUCCAAGACAAUAGCUAACAUCCCCUUUCUCCCUUAGUAAAAUGUUCAUCGGCGGUCUCAACUGGGAAACGACCGAAGCAUCCAUGCGCGAGUACUUUGAACAAUUCGGUCCCGUUACGGAUUGUUCCGUGAUGAGGGAUGGAGUCAGCGGUAGGAGUCGUGGAUUCGGGUUCUUGACAUUUGAGAACCCGGAGAGUGUCGAUAAGGUCGUGGCUCAGGAGCAUUAUCUUGAUGGCAAGAGGGUUGAUCCCAAACGCGCCAUCCCCCGCGAGGAGCAGUCCCAGACAUCCAAGAUCUUUGUCGGCGGUGUCUCUCCCGAAACUUCCGAACAGCAAUUCCGCACCUUCUUCUCCCAAUUCGGAAAAGUCGUCGACGCAACCCUCAUGAUCGACAAAGAAACCGGUCGGGCUCGUGGAUUCGGAUUCGUUACCUUCGAGACGGACGCGGCUGUUGAGCAGUGUGUCUCCCAGGGUGGCGGAUUCCUUAACCUUAAUGGAAAGCAGGUUGAGGUUAAGCGUGCGCAACCAAAGGGAACCGUGGAGAAGACGCCUAAGCAGGGCGCUGGUGGGUUCGGUGCGGGGGUGGGAGGAGCGGGAGCGUAUAAUAACCCGUAUGCGGCGUACGGAGGUGCCAACCCAGCUAUGAUGGCACAGUAUUUCCAGAGAAUGCAGGCGUAUAUGUUGGCGAUGCAGCAGAUGCAGCAAGGUGGGGGCAUGAACCCGAUGAUGCAGCAGGGAAUGAUGAACCCCAUGAUGGGCGGGAUGAAUCCUAUGAUGCAGCAGCAGAUGAUGGGUGGUCAGAUGGGGGGUGCCUGUGCAGGCGGUGCUAUGGGAGGAAGGCCGCAGAAUCAGGGAGUUCCGGGUGCGCCAACGGGGCCGAGUGGUGGGGCUGGGGCUGGAUACACGCCGACUGGACCUGGUGGAAAGAGUACGCCUAUGCCUACGACGGACGCUCAAGCACAAGCCGCGGCUUCAAACUCUGCUCCACUACCCUACGACGGUGUUCCCACUGGUCCCGCCGGAGGAGGUGCUGCUGGUAAUGACAUUCCUAUCAACGCGCCCACUGGUCCUGCGAAUGCGCCGUCGGGACCUGCGAUGGGUAUGGGCGGAAUGGGUAUGGGAGGAGGGUUCAGAGGUGGGUUCAGGGGUGGAAGGGGGAUGGGGUAUCAGCGUGGUGGACGUGGGGCGAUGUAUGGUGGUGGGAGGGGACGGGGUGGGUUCCACCCUUACGCUAGGUAGAGAAUUGGUUUCUUGACGUCGUGGACGAAUGUAUCGCGAGGAUAUGAAAUGGGGUUUUAGGGUA